AAAGUAAAAUCAUCAUGCUGAAGGUACUGAGAGAGUUCAGAGGGCGUGGUCAGACUCGCCGAGUGUCCGAUGAAGCCAGUAAACUACAACCUCACAAAGGGAAGGACAAGAAACAGGACCCCGAGAUCCAGAGCGACAAGGACGAGUCAGACGAACACAGCUCGAUGGAGCCCCAACCAGUGAGCAAGCUGCAGCGCGCGCGCACCAAGUUCAUCAUCCUGCACUACUCGCCGUUCAAGGCCGUCUGGGACUGGAUCAUCCUAUUGCUCGUGCUGUACACCGCCGUCCUCACGCCCUACUCAGCCGCAUUCCUCCUCAACGAGGACGGGAUCAAGGUCAAACUGAACCAGGACUCGGAGACUCGCAAACAGAACGCCCAGGCCGGGCACGCCGACCCGCUCGUGAUCGUCGACCUCGUCGUUGACAUCAUGUUCAUCGUGGACAUCCUUAUCAACUUCCGGACGACGUUCGUGCAGAACGGCGAGGUGAUGAGCGACCAGCAGCAGAUCGCCUUCAACUACAUCAAGGGCUGGUUCGUCAUCGACACCAUCGCCGCCAUCCCAUUCGAUCUGCUGCUCUUCGGCUCAGGCACCAGCGACACGAUGACCGUCACGGGAAUCCUGAAGACCGCUCGUCUGCUCCGACUGCUGCGGGUGAUCCGGCGGAUCGAGCAGUUCGCGGAGUACGGAGCGGCCGUUCUGCUCCUGCUCAUGGUCUCCUUCACGCUCAUUGGCCACUGGCUAGCCUGCAUCUUCUACGCCAUCGCCAACAUGGAGCGCGAGCACCUUCACGCGCACGUCAGCUGGCUGGACGACCUGGCCGACAAGAUGAAGAAACCCUACUACGCCAACGACACGACGAGCGGCCCCACCAUCCGGUCCAAGUACAUCACCGCGCUGUACUUCACGUUCACCAGUCUGACCAGCAUCGGAUUCGGGAACGUCGCGCCGAACACUAACGCCGAAAAGAUCUUCUCCAUAUUUGCCAUGAUGUUGGGCUCCUUGUUGAGUGCCGCUAUUUUCGGUAACGUAUCUUCCAUCAUGUUGAGGGUGUAUCAAGGCACCGAUGAGUACCGCGAGAAGAUGGAGAGUAUUAAAGAGUUCAUCAAGUUCCACCAGAUCGCCAAGACACUGGGUAACCGGCUCCAGGAAUCGUUCCAACACUCCUGGUCCUACACCAACGGGAUCGACAUGAAUAAUGUUCUCAAAGGAUUCCCAGAAUGCCUACAAGCCGACAUAUGUCUCCACCUAAACAGAAACUUACUCAACAAUUGCAAUGCGUUUAAAGGAGCAAGUCCUGGGUGUCUGAGAGCAUUGUCCAUCAAAUUUAAAACGUCGCACGCCCCGCCUGGCGAUACGUUACUACAUCCGGGGGAUAUACUGACGGCAAUAUAUUUUGUGGCACGUGGCUCCUUGGAGAUCCUGAAAGAUGACACAGUAAUGGCUAUAUUAGGAAAGGACGAUAUAUUUGGUGAGGAUUUACAAAAGAAUGCCGGCGUUGGUAAAUCAAUGUAUUACGUUCGUCCGCUCUCGUACUGUGAUAUCAACAAGAUAGACUUGGUCGACCUCAAGGAAAUACUGCACACGUACCCGGAGUUCGCAGACCAGUUCUACAAACAGUUCCAGGUCACCUUCAACCUGAGUAAGGGAACAUUACUGCAGCGAAAGGUUAAAUCCAAAAUGGAGGACGAAACACUGAAAUUUAUUCGUCAGAGGCGGCCGAAGUUGCAGUGUAAACGAAGAAUGGCCGACACCCAAGGUCGGCAAGGUCUACGACAGCGUCGAACCGGAAGUUCCGGCGAUGGCAGGCGAACCAGCCGUGAGAUUAUCGACCUGUCGGCAAGUGAGGAUGAAGGCGGGGGAAUUCUCGAGUUUUCUGCCGAGGGCGCGACAGAGGACGUAACUGAGGGCGAUUUUGAUAAACAAGGCACGCAACCUCGAGGGCGGUCGUGGAAAGGACGGAAAGAAAAGGCAACACCGGGAGAAACCCACCCACUGAUUCAGAAAGAACCGGGUCUUCCCGUCAGACGAGACACAACGAUCGAGAGCUUGGCGGGACGACCGGGGUUGUCUCCCUUGGCCUCCAGCGGGACUACCUACACCCCCAAGUCGUCGUCGAGCGCUGGCCAGAUAUGGCGUCUACAGACGAUAGACUACGAAAUUAAGCAGCACACGGAUAAAGGCAACAUCCAGUCACUUUCCGACAUCGACAGUCGUCUGAAACAUCUACACACACGAAUGAAUAAUUUUGAAAAUGAACUGUGCACCACUGUUGACGCCAUCCUGGAUAUUCUGGGUCAUAAACCCCAAAUUGCCCGCGCUCAGGAGCGAAGUCAGAGCCCAUAUUGUCCAGUAGCAGACGUCAUCCAACCACAACCAACUGGAUAUGUCACGUGACGGACUAUGUUAUGUUAAUGCCUUGUUCACGAGAAGUCAUUUGCUGAAAGUGCGGUCAGUGAUCUACAUCGCAUGACAAACUGUCAAUACUGAUUGGUAGCAGACGAUAUUCAGACGCAACCAUCUGGUUUUGUCACGUGAAAACUAUGUAAUGUUAAAUUACUGUUCGCGAAUAUUUGCCAUCACGACCUACACCACGUGAUGAACUGUUAUGUUGAAUGAUACAUUCUCCAUGACCAGAUAAUUGUUGAUCAAACUAAUCAUAGUUAGUUAGAAGGUUAUAUCAUGUGACAAACUAUGUUAUGUUCAUUUGUCCAGGAUCAGAAUCAAAUGUACAUUUUGAUAAGGCAGUAGAUAUUAUUAACAUCGUGUUAAUACGGUGUCAACGAUUAGGCAAUGCUUAAACGAACUACGUCAUGUUACGUGUUAUGACCACACACAGUCUGGAAGCUGCCGAAAGACCACCUACAACCAACGAUCUACAUCCGUGACAAACUACGAUAUGAUAAUAAAUUCCUAAAUUAUUCCAUAUUGCCAGUAUUACAUAAUGCCUUUAAUUUGACCAGGCAGAUAUGCGUGUGUUAAGGAAGAGUUAUGUGCUGAAUACUAACUACUGAUAUUUUACUGCAUGACAAUCAACAUGUACAUUUUUACCAUUAUACUUAAUUAGUUUCAUAUGUGUCAUAAAUUAGUAUGUGCCAUGUAUUAGUAUAUGGCAUAUAUAGCAAUGCUUACAAAAUAUGACUCCUAAUGAACUGGGUGCACAUUUGCUUCCAUAUUUACAUGUCGAUUUGUACAAUAUAGAUUAAUUAAAGUGACAAAAUGUGUAUAUACUCAAUAGUAUAUAUUUCUGUUGUAUGUGUCCUUGUUUCCUAUGCCAAACAAAUGGUCCCUAUUAUUGGCUUAGGUAAAGUGCCAUGGAAGUCGUAUAUUUUAUAGUGUUGAGGAAAUCCAUAACUUGAACCAUUUUUAAUAGUGUAAUAUAGACGUGUGUACAGGAAUUUAUGUAGGGGAGUCUAAACUGUGGCGGGCGAGGGUUUUAGGAGGAUCGAGUCAUCCUUGUCGAAAAAUAUAUUGAAAAAAGAAUGUUCGUCUGAGCAUGGGAAUUUUGACUACUGCACACAUAUAUUUAGUAGUAAAGAACAGAAGUGUUUAAUAUUUUUAAAACCAGUAGCUUCGGAGAUUUUUAAAUUCGUUAACUAUAUUUCAUCUACCAUUAUAUAUUUUUAAAAAUAUAUAUUUCAGUGUAAGUAAAAGUAAGGCGACAUACACAGGCCUGUUUUUAAAUUUUCUUUUUCUAAUUAUGAAAAAAAACUAACACAUAUAUGAUUGAAAACAGAUGUUCUCUUUAGGCUGAAAAUGAUUGUUCCGACAUUCUUGGCAUGAACCGAUGGAACUGUCGUGUUAUCGUUUAUAACUGCUGAACAUGUUAAGCAACACAGUUGUUACACAAAUAGUAGUAUGACGUGAAUGCUAACGGAUAGUACCAUAGUAAAGUGUUAAAUGAAUAUGAUAUGAUUAAUAUUAUGUAAUGCGUAUUAUGUAUAUGAGGUUGAAAAAUAUAGUUGUGGCAUUUCGUUUGUAUACUACAAUACAUUUCUGUACAUUUUUACAGCUGCGGGUCUAUAGUAUGUUUGGGUUCAAAGGCUCUGUUCCCAAUUUAUUUUAUUUUAUUUCACACAAGACGCGAUAUUGGGUAUGCUGGUGCCUAAUUCACGAAAACAUAAGGCGGCGUCACACGAUACGAGUGCCUCAUACGAGAAUAGCCAAUUGCAUAGCAACCGAAGAUUCGGAUGAAAUCGUAAUGUUCGUCUUGUCACAAACGGCUAUUCUCGUAUGACGUACUCGUGUUGUGUGGCGUCACCUUUAGUAGCAUCGCAUCGGCUUUGCGAGUCCUUUUUCACUUCACUGCGAUAUCGCAAACUUGCAGGUGUUUAGUUAAUGUUUUAGAAUGUUUUAGCAUAAUCAAAGCGGAAACAGGAUUUUGUGAAAAGGGGUUGCCACGACGUGCUUACGGGAAUAUUAUUAUUAAAUAUUCAGUGAGGAACAAUUGUGGUAGGAUGCUGGUGGCCGCCAAUAGGGAGGGUAAACCAAAGCGGGCCGGUCCUCCCCAUAACUCCGCCCCUGAUAUUAGUACGUUGGGAAUAUUGAUGUGCAUACUUAUAUGUUUUGUACUUUUUUGACCACUAUAUCAAUUGAUAUGUUAUAUUUUGCUUUAAUUGAUAUCUUUUAUAAAAUAUUAGGCUAUGCGCCACGUUUUAGCGGACUUUGCAUAUUGUAGUGAGGUAACAUAAGCAAUAGAGAUUACAUUUAUAAUUUACUAGACAUUCCAUCUUUACAAAUGUGUGUCUUUAUAAACAUAUUUAAAAGUUUUAUGCAGCUGUUUUAAUAAGUAUGUCAUAUCAAACACGAAAGUGAUAAUACUGAGUAUAAUACAACUUGUAUUAUUUUAUUAUGUAAUGUGGAGUAGGGGGUUUAUAGAUUUUUAUGCUUUUACAUUUAUUUGUAAAAACUACUUCAUUCUGAAUUGAACAUCAAACAAUAUUCGAUGGCCAAAAAUACAUUCUCACAAGAGGACGAAGAUUUUUAGGAGUAGCCAUUUUGGCUAAAGUGUGUCCAGUCAUUUGAAGUAAUAUUUCAAAACUGAAAGUUCAUACUUGAAUAUUCUCUCUGUCUGAAAUAUUUGUGAAUCUGUCAGGUUAAAUACAUAAAAUAAUAAUACAAUACCGAAUAUAUGUGAUAGAUAAUAGUAAAACAACACUUACUUCUUGAGUGUGUGUAUGAUGUUAAAUGAAGCCUCACUGAAACAAAAAUGUAUAUUUUCCCUACUGGUUUGUUAAAGGGACUGUCGUGAGUUUGCAACCUUUAUAACAUAUUUCCAAAUAAUACAGUCUUUUUAAGAAAUAAAGUUACAUCUUGAAUACAGCUUAUUGUUUAGAAUAUAGGAUUCUGUAAAUCCAAUGUGUGUCUUUUGGUCGUCCUAUGUUUGUAGUAGCUCAAAUUAUAAUUUAUUUCUAAAAAUUACAAUAUGUUUCGUACAUACGAAAUUAUUUCAAGGUAAAUUGCAGAGUGAGCUACUAUAAUCAUUAGGAUAUAAAAAGCACUUAUUGUAUAUACAGACACUGACAAGAAAAUAGAUUUAAUGUGUAAUUUUAGUUGUUAAAAAUGUUCUGUUUGUCGAAACCAUGUUACAAUGACAGCAAACUCAAGACAGUCGCUGUAAUUUGUUUCUUGACUCCGAUAUUCGGCACAGUUCCAUAGAGGUCGUGUCCUUUCUUUUAUUCCCAGUUGAUGAAAAAAUUCUCAAUAUAGUCGCAAAGGUUCCAUUUUAAAAUUGUUUCAAGUAAAUAUAUUUUCGACAUGUAGUAUUUUUUAAAUUUCAACGCGGCCUGAUUUUAUAUUUUGAAGAUAAUUUCCUGUUUUCGAUCAAACAAUCUAUCCAUGAGCAUCAUAAGGGUACGGGACGGAGGUCAGAGGUGUCCCCCACCUCUCCGUCUUAGAGCAAAUCUUCGCAGUCCGACCAAAACGAGAUGGAGAUGUUCGGACAAAAUGAGCAGACCUGAAUCUUUUUUCACUAUGCAUUUCCAUCAUUCUACUCAAACAUUCUACUCAAACAUUCUACUCAUCCAUGUAAAAGUGCUUAGUGAUUCAUUUGGACCCCUAUAUAGCAGUUUGUUAGUAAUGCAAUAAUGAAUAAAUAUUAUCCAGAUUACGACAUGUUCGUUUUAGGCAAAAUUCAGCCACCCUUCCCCUCCCCCCUGCAAAAAAAGAAGGAUCCCGUACGUCUAUGAUGGUCAUCAAGUCACAUUUCAGAAAUAAAACUGGUUGUUAAUAUAUGUAGACUCUGUUACGUGUUUACAUCAUCAGUGUACAUGAUGCGCUUGCGAUCCAGUUCUAGUUCAUGUUAGAGAACUUGUUUUUGUGUUGAUCUGAGGUCAACUGUUUUGUCAUUGUUCAGGUGUUUUGUCGUGCCCUCGAGGCAGUAAACAUCGAAAAUAAUAUCAUAAACAGGCAAAUCUGUGAUAGAUUCAGCUGCAAUAAUCAAAUAAACUAUUUUGUACG